UUUUUUUUCUCUUCUCGAAGUGAAGUAUGGGGCGGUAGAGCAAACCACCCUGAAUUCAUAAGAGUCGUGGGCGGGGUCGUCGAGUCGACGCUCUUCUGCCUGCGGUCACCUUUCACUUCCAGUGGAAGGUCUCCUGGCCAAGGGAAAACUUGAGGUCGAGGUCGAGAAGCAUCACCUGGAAGCUCUCCAAAUUUCAUCCCUUCCUUUUCUUCAUAAAAAUCUUCAUCGUCAGUCAAACAAGACCAUCUACCAGUGUUCCAGCAGUGCGCCGGAAUCUUUCUUCGAGUGAUCCACAGUCUCUAUGGUUUCUGUCGCUGUCGUGCAUUACGCACUCGACCAGCAUCGUUCACGCAUCGCGGCGGCACGUUGCACGCAACUCCGCCAAUCAAUAUUUAGGUAUAUAGGGUGUAUGCAAGAGCCAGUCACACCGACGGGUUCCUAGUACGCCCGUGACUACCAACCACACCUUACCACAUAACCGUGCAGCUUGACAGACGACAUUAGAAGAGAAUACUGAGAUUCUAAUUUUAAAACAUAUAUAAAAAAAAAACCAAGAAGAAACACAAGAACGGAAGUUCAGGGAUACGAAGUGAGAAUGGAAGUAAAAGGGCGCGUGGCCCUUGUUACCGGGGCAGCUUCCGGUAUCGGUCGAGCAUACGUGGAGGAAUUACUUUAUCAAGGAGCAAAGGUUUCUCUGUGCGACAUCAAUACCGAGAAAGGAGAAAAACUUCUGGAAAGUCUUGUAGUUCGUCACGGAAAGGAUCGUGUUAUUUUCUGUCAAUGUGACGUCACCGAUUACCUUCAAUUUGAGGAAUCAUUCGAGACAACAAUCGCUGCGUUUGGACAUAUCGAUAUCGUCAUUAAUAAUGCCGGUAUAAUGAACGAUCAAUUUUGGGAACUGGAGGUCGACAUUAAUUUGAACGGAGUGAUUCGCGGUACUCUUUUGGCACAACGAUUUUUGGGAACUGACAGAGGUGGCCGCGGUGGAAUCGUAGUGAAUACGGGUAGCAAUGUGAGCAUCAACCCUUACGUAAGCGUGCCCAUAUAUUCAGCAACAAAAACAGCAAUAGUAGGACUAACCAGAGCAUUUGGGGACCAAUACCAUGUGGAUCUCACGGGGGUGAAAGUUCUGGCCAUCUGUCCAAACGCAACGGAUAGCAACAUGGUACAAAAUUUAGGGAAGCAACUGCUAUCCGCACGACACGAGGACGCCUGGCGUCGCGAUACCGCUUCCUCAAUUCCCCAGAAAGCCGAACACGUGGCAAAGGCACUCAUUCACAUUUUGUCCAUCGGAAAGAGUGGGUCUGUUUGGCUAGUAGAAAACGGUCAGCCAGCGCGUGAGAUAAUUUUUCAAAAACACUAAGAAAAACAGUGGCAGUAUAUUUUCCACGAUCAUCAUCAACCACUAUGCCGUACCAAUAUAAUAUAUUACGUAAGAUACAUAAAAAAAAAAAGCGAAAGAGCUAGAAGCGCACUAACCCUUUCGUCGACCGCAAUGAGAAUGAAGAUUAAUCGUG